AUGUGAUGACUGUACAAAAGCAGAGAACACACACACAUACAACCAUACACACCACCACCACCACACACUCACACACUCACACUCGCUUACCAGGCUUCAGGUCCUGCUGAUGACUUGAGAGACAUCUGUUAGGUCUUUCCUCCUCGUGUCUCUUUAAGAAAAAUGCCUCGCUCUUUUCUGGUCAAGAGCAAGAGGGCGGGGUCUCAUUCGUCACGCUCCGCCCACUCCCACACCUACCACUCUGAUGGACAGCUCGGAGCCUUGCACGGGUCCACCGGGAGCAGCUCACCUGUAGCACUAGAACUCAGCCCAAAAAUGGCGUCAGCUCCCAGUUACCCCGCCUCUCACUGGGUUUCCAUGGAAACCAGCCUGAACUCCGCCUCCCAGGCUGAGAACUGGGGCCUCUGGACAACAGGUGAGCAGGCAGGUGAGAGUGAGCGCCCCCCGGUGUCCACCGCAGUGUGGUCUCCUUCCCUGAGCCACACGCUCAGCUCUCACAGGGAGCAGGAACUGGAGCGACUGGUGCAGGUGCUGCUGAGCCACAGACUGCAGGACAACUCCAACCCUCCGCUGUGCGAAUGUCCACUCUGUGAGAAGGUGCUGUCGUCAGCUGUUGGUUUAGUGACUCACCUGCGCAGGUCUCACAUAAACAGAGUCGCUGUUCCACUGACUGGGUCAUGGAACAUGCACACACACGGGCUCCGACCCCCAGCUGGCUGCUACGGCAGGGCGAAAGAGCGCAGUUUUGUCUGUAAGGUGUGUGGGAAGGUGUUUAAACGCUCGUCGACUCUCUCCACUCACCUGCUGAUCCACUCAGACACUCGGCCUUACCCCUGUCAAUACUGCGGCAAGAGAUUCCACCAGAAAUCUGACAUGAAGAAACACACCUUCAUACACACUGGUGAGAAGCCCCACGUGUGUGUGGUGUGUGGGAAGGCGUUCAGUCAGAGCUCCAACCUGAUCACUCACAGCCGGAAGCACAGCAGCUACAGACCUUUCCGCUGUCCGCACUGCCCGCUCGGCUUCCAGAGGAAACUGGACCUGCAGCGCCACCUCGAGACGCACUGCAGCAAUAACAGCAGCACGGCCUACCAGAGCAGCCUGAGUUAGCGCUCACUGCUAAAUACCCAAAACCGCAGUGUACAGAAAAUGUAUAUUCGCCUAAAAAUUAUUGUCUUGAAAUGCCCUUUUUUAAAACAGAUGUGCUCUUAAUGAAUAUGCAAAUAAAAACAAAAUGGUGAAAGUUU